CCCACCCCUCGCGCCAGCAGCAUCCGGGUCCUUCCGUGCGGUGCAGCAGGUCGGUAGGCGGGAAAUGGCGACGGGCCGCUGCCGGGGCUGCUGCUGAGCGGCGGUCAGUCCCGGCCGCUGGGAAGCCGGAGAAGGAAAAGACGGACAGGAAGGAAGGGAAACGGAAGGAAGGGAGGCGAGAAGAAAGGAAGGAAGGGAGCGAGGAAGAAGACGAAGGGCUUCCAGGGACGCCCUUCCCUCAGAAGCCUCCCUCUCGCGCCCCUCAGCUUUACAUGUGAUACCAACAAAAUGAGGCUGAGAACGCGGAAAGCUUCUCAGCAGUCAAAUCAAAAUCACACACAGCGCAUGUUGAGGGUGAAGAGGAAAUACUCAGAGGUGGAAGAAAGCUUACCUGUUGGUGGAGGGAAGCCGCAGAAAAAUGAAACUGGCUUAUUGUCUUCCAUCAAAAAGUUCAUCAAAGGAAGCACCCCAAAGGAUGAGAAAGAACACCCUGCAAAGAGAAGUAGGAUCGAGCGGGAUAUAGAUGACAGCCUGAUUAUAUCCACUUCUCGAACAGGAGACAAACCGAACAAACAGCUCCCUCGAGUGAGGAGGAAAAGUCAAGUGAAUGGAGAAGCUGGAAAUUAUGAAAUGACAAACCAGCAUGUUAGGCAAAAUGGGAAGUUGGAGGAUAAUCCUGCCACUGGCAGCCCCCCGCGAACUACGUUACUGGGGACCAUAUUCUCUCCUGUCUUCAAUUUCUUCUCACCAGCAAAUAAAAAUGGUUCGGCUGGCUCAGAGUCUCCCGGCCAAGCCGUGGAGGCUGAAGAGAUCGUGAAGCAGCUGGACAUGGAGCAGGUGGACGAGAUCAUCACCAGCACCGCUGCCUCGGCCAAUGGAACCCCUUACGCCAGCCAAGUGGCGCAGGUCAGAUCGACAAUCAACAACGGCCUGGAGGAGGCCGAGGACGUGACAGAUCGCGACCUGCCUCCACUCACUGCGCCUGUGUCUCCCGACAGCGGUUACUCAUCAGCUCACGCAGAAGCCACCUACGAAGAAGACUGGGAAGUCUUUGAUCCGUACUACUUCAUCAAACACGUCCCCCCACUUACAGAAGAACAACUUAACCGGAAACCUGCUCUUCCACUGAAAACAAGAAGCACACCAGAGUUCUCCUUAGUUCUAGACUUGGAUGAAACUCUAGUACACUGUAGUCUAAAUGAACUAGAAGAUGCAGCACUCACAUUUCCAGUUCUUUUCCAAGAUGUCAUUUACCAGGUUUACGUACGAUUAAGACCAUUCUUCAGAGAGUUCUUGGAACGUAUGUCUCAAAUCUAUGAGAUCAUUCUUUUUACCGCCUCUAAGAAAGUGUAUGCAGACAAAUUGCUGAACAUCCUAGAUCCUAAGAAGCAGCUGGUGAGGCAUCGGCUUUUCCGUGAGCAUUGCGUUUGCGUACAAGGCAACUACAUAAAGGACUUAAACAUCCUUGGCAGAGAUCUCUCCAAGACGAUCAUUAUUGAUAAUUCACCACAAGCCUUUGCCUAUCAGCUUUCAAAUGGGAUUCCAAUAGAGAGCUGGUUCAUGGACAAAAACGACAACGAACUCCUAAAACUGAUUCCUUUUCUGGAAAAACUUGUAGAGCUGAACGAGGAUGUCCGGCCUCACAUCCGGGACCGCUUCCGCUUGCACGACUUGCUGCCCCCGGAUUAAUCCGCGCAUGGGACGCCUUGGUCAAAUGGAGCGCAAGAGGAAGAAAACGCAGGACCCUUUUAUGUGUUUGUUUCUUUUUUGAACUGAAAAAUGAAAAAAACAAACAUUGCCAUUACUGUUGAAAUUUUGCAUUUUUGUACCCUCUCGCUUUUUCUUAUCUCUGGCGCCCGGCCGCCAUCGAGGGUCACGGAAGGACUUUCUAUUAUCGCCAAACGGAACCCAUCCCGUUCCAUGCAGUAGGUAGGCUAGAACAGACCCGUCUCUAGAACUAGUGUGACUCCAAUUCGUUUUGGUUUUCUUUUUCUUUUGUUUUUUAAUGUACAGGAUAUAUCUGCCGUUUUUAAUGAAUUCUGUUUCUGCCACCAGCAGUUUGACCUAUUAAAAAACACAGGAUUUUAUGAUAAUAACAGAGAUUGAAAAUGGACACUGGUUUUCUCUCUGUUCGGUGCUCUUUCUCUAAGUGGGUUUGUAGCCACUUCGUGUUCCUUUUAAGAGUCUCAUUUCAACAGGAAUGGCCAGUAAAUAUGUUUUUCCCCCUCCUUUCCUCCCGUUUAAGAUUUAUAACGUUUUUUACAUUUUUGAACCUGUAUUUAGGAGUUUAGAAUUUCAUUAUGCAUUCCUUUUAGUUUUGAGGCGGCUUCGUAGUUGUUUUUCCUUGAAAUAGCCAAGUUUUCUUAGGGUUUGUUUUUAUUAUUAUUAUUAUUAUUAUUAUUAUUAUUAUUAUUAUUAUUAUUAUUAUUAUUAUUGAACGGCCAUCUUUUUCUCCCCUCAGCUGCUUUCGUCUGCCUGCAUAUUGUAUAUUUGUUUAAAAACAAAAACAAAAAAUAUUACCUAGUUUUAUUCCAUGUAAGUUUCAUUUAUAUAUAUAUAUAUAUAUAAUUAUUUUUGUUUUGGUUUUUUUUCUGUAAUAAUGAUAAUAAUGAUAAUAAUAAUAAUAAUAAUAAUAUUCUACUGUAGUGGGAAAAGAUCUUUUUCAAAAAGAGAAAAAAACAAAAACAAAUCAAGAGACUGGCUAGAUGAGAAGAAAUAUAAGAAUUACUAAUAAUAUACAGAAUAUUUAAACCAUUGUGAUGGCAUGUGCUUUGGAGGGUGACGCGCAGGUUCACGGACCGGGAUCCAAGACGAAGAGGAGGAAGAGGAAGCAGAGCGCUGUCUGCAAGGAACCAAACGCGGCAAAGGGAGAGCGACUCGGAUCCGGAAACCCAUGGGCCUGCUCUGCAGAUGGUUGCAAUCAGUCCUCGGCAUUUCAUACAUUUCGCAGGGAAUGGCGCCGACGCGGUAACUAUGCAUCGCCAGAGAGAGAAGGUGCUUCUCUCAUACACUCCUCCCCCCAACGUGCCAUCAUAGUGGUUUUCUAUGCGAUAUGGGAAUGGCUUCCAAGCCACGGCCCCCUCAUGCAGUGCGUUCGCGAGGCCAAUAUUUUUGUAACGGAGCGUCGUCUCCUUUUUAGGAGGAGGCUUUUUAUGGAAAAAGAGGGGAAAUAAAAAUUUGUAGACGUUAGUAAACUUUGCCUCUGGAAAAAAAAAAAAGAAAGAAACUGCAUGGAGGGGCGGCCAUUGGCUCCGGGGGCCGUUUUUUGUGUAAAGGACGUUGCAGAAUGGCACUUUUUCUAAAGAGAAGUUUGAUAUUUUGUAUGCUUGUUAAAGAAAGUACAGUAUUGGAAGAAGAAGAAAAAAAAUUAAAGGUGGACAGCUGAUAAUUAAGAAGUAUGUCAAUUAAUUUUUUUAAUGUAUAUUACCUGUUUACUUGUACAAUUUUUAUUGUACAAAAAAUGACACACAGCUUCAUUUUCAAAUGAGUCCUUAAAAUAAGGAAAAUCUUUUUAGGAAGACAUUUAAUUUUUGUAUUUUUUUGAUUUAAAAGAAGAAAAGGCAUGAGUUAUGUCGACUUUUUUCCAAUGUAUUAAUGAAGAUUUUAACUUUUCAUCAGGUUGCGUGUUUUCUUACUAUAUUCUCUGUUGUAUAUUGUAGCUAGCACAUUGUGUCACAGAACUGUUUAAAGAAAAAAAACGUUAGCAUGUAGAGCAAGCCUGCUUUGUGGGGAAAUCAUUAUUUGUUUGCAACAAAAAAAAGAAAUUUAACAAUGAAUUUUCUGCACUCACACAAAUAUGGAGAAAAGCAAUUGCUGUCCAGAAUGCUGACUUCUUUGUAAUGUAAAGAAAGGUAUUUUGCUCGCAGAGAAAUGCUACAGAGAAUCUUUGAAAUGUAUUUAUCGUUAGGGCAUCCUUAUGCUGUUUUUGUCCUUUGACGUCUUUAUUGAAAUAAAAUGUACAUAAGGUUACAUUUCCCCAUAUAUAUCUCUGUAUGGAGGCAUAUAUAGAGAUAUAUAUAUAGAUAUAUAAAUAUAUAUGUACGAGUGUGUCUGGUUCCUGGAAACGUUCCCUUUCCGUUUUUGUAGAGACAUUGGAUUUGGAAACUUUUUAAGUUGGGGAAGGAAGGCUCCACGGUUAUUCUUAUGGGAAAAGCCAUAGGGGAGGACUCUUGACUUUCUCUAUGGCCCUUAUGGCAACCAAGAUCCCACCGCUCCCCUUUAUUAGUUUCAGUUGGUCAUAUUGGGUCUGCGUGCCAAGUUUGGUCCACAUUCUUUUCAGAAACAGGAGGCUGGUGCUCAUUCUUUCCGAGCAGAAAAGAUACCCAACUUUCUUACUCUGCUUUACCCUUGAAGGAGGGUUUUCAGCAGGACAGGGACUUAGAAAAGAGAGGUAUCUUAGAGGAAGACCCUCCUCUAAUAAUAAUAAUUAUUAUUAUUUUAUUUUAAAAUCGGUAUUUCUAGCAAAAGCUUUUGUUGACUAAAAUCUGUUGCAUCUAGAGCAGAACUUUCCAACCUUUUCAUGUUAGCGACACAUUUUUUGCAACACAGUAAUUCACUUUUAAUAGCAAGCCGGAGGUUAAACCUGGCUCCUUAUAACAGAUACGGACACAUACACAAUUUGUCAUAAAGAAAUCUACGGGGGCACAACAUAUAUUGUGAAAACCUUUCAUUGAUUUUUUAAAAUAUAUAUAUAACGUACAUAGUUAAUGUACAUAGGCAGUCAUGCCUAUGGCCACAUGACCUUGGAGGUGUCUAUGGACAACACUGGCUCUUCGGCUUAGAAAUGGAGAUGAGCACCACCCCCCAGAGUUGGACACGACUAGACUUAAUUUCUAUGGGAAAUCUUUACCUUUAACGUACAUUUCCAAGAUUUUUGUCGGUUCUGAAUAUGAUGGCGCAACUUGCUGACUCACGCAUCGCAACACAGAGUUUGGAAAGCUGUGAUCUUGAGCAUCACCCCACCCCCAGUUAGCCUGAAAGGUGUUACUAGAUUCCUUUAUGUCUUUUUAAGCUAAACCAGACUGUCACGGCUAUCCUUUUCAGUGCCCUGCUACACAGUAUUAUAUGGCACAUUAAGUUGUCUCAAGGAGAUGGUUUUCAGGCCCCCCCGGUGUGAUAGCCCCCCCCCUUCGCACUCAGUGAGAGAAUGGGUUGAACAUUUCUCUGCGACUUGAAGGAACACUGUACAGCCUUCCCUUUUCCUGGCCCUUGUGCAUUUCCACAGCUCUGCCCCAUGAAACCCGCUCUGCUGCUUUUUAGUUCCGCCAAUGCAUUGCAUAUGACAAACCUACCUGGUCUGUGACUUCUGAUCACUCAAAAAAAGGAGGAGGAAAAAUGCAGAAUUGACUUUCUUUUUUGCGACCUGGGAUGAUGAGGAAUGUAGGGAAAGUGAUGGUCCUGUCUGGGACAACCAAAUCAACCGUUGCAGGCUGCUCUGUAAAUACAUAUUAAAAGUAUCAUUUUGUAA